GAUAAAAGCUUCGAUUGUCCAUCUAGUCAAUUGAAGCUGAAGCUUUUAUCAUAUGAUCAUUGAUCAGUGUACACAGCAAUCAUAUGGAAGCUAGUGAAAUAUUAAUUUUGAUAAAGAGAUAUUAAAUUUACCGAUACCAUCUUCAAAUAAAAAUACAACAUAAGUGUAAUAUCUCGUUGCUUAAUAUUGUUGACGUAAUCGUUAAUACAUUUAAUAUUUAGGCAUUUUACGUAUUUGUGGUCAAACUAGAAUAACUAUGUCUGCUCAACAGUACUAUCCAUUCAAGUGUACUCCAACAGUAUAUCCUGCAAAUCCCUUUGACCCUACUGCUGACGCAAAUGCUUUGCGGAAGGCCAUGAAAGGUCUAGGCACUGAUGAGAAGGCCAUUAUUGAGAUUUUAGCACACAGAGGUAUUGUGCAGCGUCUAGAAAUUGUGGAUGCAUACAAAACUUUAUUUGGGAAGGAUUUAGUUUCUGAUUUGAAGAGUGAACUUAGUGGUAAGUUUGAAGAUGUAAUUCUUGCAUUGAUGACUCCACUACCAUCGUUUUAUGCCAAGGAGCUUCACAGUGCUGUUUCAGGGAUUGGAACAGAUGAAGAAGCCAUAAUUGAAAUUCUUUGUACUCUUAGCAACUAUGGAAUUAAAACAAUUUCUGCAUUCUAUGAGAAAAUGUAUGAAACAACCCUUGAAAAAGAUUUGAAAGGAGAUACUUCAGGUCAUUUCAAACGACUUUGCGUUUCUCUGUGUCAGGCAAGCCGAUCUGAAGAUCCUAAUAUUAAUCAUGAACAAGCAAAAGCUGAUGCCGAGGCUUUAUUUGCUGCAGGAGAAAAGAAGAAAUGGGGUACAGAUGAGUCAACCUUUAAUCGGAUCUUGGUAACUAACAGCUAUCAGCAACUAAGGGAAACAUUUUUGGAGUAUGAAAAACUCUCAGGUCAUGACAUUGAAGCAGCAAUUAAAGAUGAGUUCUCAGGCAGUAUGCAGAAAGGUCUUUUAGCAAUUGCAAGAUGUGUUAAGAGCAAAGUAGGAUUUUUUGCGGAAAGGCUUCAUGAUUCAAUGGCCGGUGUUGGGACCAAGGACAAGACACUGAUCCGUAUUAUUGUGUCCCGCUCCGAGAUUGAUCUUGGUGAUAUCAAACGUGCCUUUGAGGAGAAAUAUGGGAAACCUCUUGAGACGUACAUUACGGGUGACACAUCUGGAGAUUACAAAAAGGUUUUGCUGGCACUGGUCUCCUAAACAAAAGUGACUGCUCUUCACUUCGUAACAAGGAUCUGCGCUUGAAUCUUUCUCUAUUCUGUAUCUUAUAAUAAUGUUAUCUGGGGUCUGGGGGAUUCUGAUGAGAUCUGUUGUUUGCCUACCAUAUUAAUUAUUAUAUAUACAGUACAUAUACAUUCUUCACAUUCUACGUCAAACACAUAAUUGGAUUGCCUUUAUAUGUUUAAAUAAUCUAAAGGAAUAAACACAUGGACUGCCAUAUUAAUUGAGUAUUCAGAAUGAUAAAAGUGCAUCUAAUUUAAAUUCUAGUUUUGUUCAUUUUUACCUUUAUAAUAGCUAUUUAUUGUUUAUAUUUUAAUAUGUAGUGAUUCAGUAUUGUAUUUAAAUAUAUACCUUUGCAGCUUUCUUAUCAUAAUUAUUGGCAUUCUACAGAUCUCAUAUUUUGUUGUGAUUUUUAUGUGGGUGAAUCUUGUGAAAACAAAAUGUAAUGCAUUGACUUGAGAUGCUAAAACUAAUUUAAACACAGUUGUGCGCCUUAGUUGUUCACACUAUUUAUACUACAUCAUGUAUUUCUGAAGGUGUCCACAAUAUCAAUUAUAAAUAUUUUAAGGUAAGUUUUCAUUAGCUAAAAUAUACAGUUUUUGUCACAUAUUUUUUUGCAGUAUUUUUAGAUACAUUUUUACACUUCCUAGAAAUAACAGAAGGGUAUGAACAUUAAACGGGUUGUAGUAUGGUUAAGAGGGUACAUUAAGUAGAUAGGUAAUUUGCACAAAUUGUUCACACUGAAAUUUUAAAGAUUUUAAAAUGGAUCAUCAGUGGUUAUUUAAAAGUAUUUUUCAGUAGUGAAAGUAUACAAGAGGAAACAAUACAUUUGCCAAACAGUUAAAAAAAGAAGUGGAUCUGUGAAAACAUUUUGCUUUUAUUUAAUGUAAGAAAUGAGUAAAAAAGAAAUCUUUAUUAAAUAUCUGUUAUGAAUAUGUUUUAGUUAAGUCUAUACAUAAUGUUGGUGUUUGGAGGAAGCAACAAUCAUUAUAAACUGGUACCUACCAUUUUAAACACUUGUAUUAGUUGUACCAUAUCUAACAACAUUAAUCAAUGGAAAAAUACAGAAUAUUAUUAAGUGUAAAACUACAGGCAAUUAUCAGAGGUAUUUUAAGUACAAUCUGCUUCCGUAAGAGUCCUUAAAAGGAAAUUAUUCUUCAAUUUUUAUUUAAAAUAUUUUAAAUUGUGGAUUUUAUAGUAAUGAACUAUAAAACUAACACCAACAAUGUGUUUAAACAUACUACUUUUUAAACAUUGUGAGAUGAAUAUGUAUUGUAGGAUAACUGGACAGAAACAGUAUAUUCUAGGUUGUCUGUUUAUAGUGUACUAAAGGUUUAAAAAUAAUAUCUAAACGUUUGAUUUGUUCAGAAUUGUAUUUAUUUAUUUAAGAUCUUUGAUGUUUUAAGAAAACUAUAAAUUGUAUAACAAUAAGACUUGCCAUUAACUUGUGAUCUGACUUGCAAAGUAGAUGUAUGAAGUAUUUGUAACAUUGAUAUCAACUUUUCUUUUACUUUCUUAUAGUCUUUCCAGAAACUUGUUUCGUUAUAAUAUAAUUUUGAACUUUUGUAUUUAUUGUACUAGUUGUAUGUCUAAUAUUAAUUAUGCACGCACAAGUCACUAAAUGGCUAAUGCACAACUAUUGGAAAUGCCAAAAGUUAAUUUAUUCCUAAUUACUUAAAUAAUUAUUUAUUAAAAUCUUGUACAACCAAAAAUUAUUGUUUUUAAAAUAUUAUUGUAUCAAGAAAUACAGAUUUAUGUUUUAAUCCAAAGUAAAAAGUGUUGUAUAUAACUUACUUUAAUAAUUUUUAGUAGAGGUUUAAAAAUGCAAAAGCUUAUGGAACUAGGUAUCGAUAAAAGAUUUCAAUAAAGUCAAAUAUUGUGCUUCUUUAAAUUAUGUUUGUAAAGCUGCAGCAUGUUGUAACAUGAGUUAUAGCACAGAAAUAAAUAACUUUUAUCAUAAACUUAAAUAUGUACAAUUGUAUUAAUAAAGUACAAGAAAUCUAUUAUUUCUUGUUUUAGGGAUAAAUUAUAUUACUCAAAUGUUGGAGGUAUUUGUAAUUCUUGUUGAAUAUAUUGUCAAUUUUCCUUGUUGCCUCUUUUUGAAUUUUAUGCUUGUUAUUUAUAAUAACUAUAUUUUUUAAAUGCUUUAUAAGAACUUUUUACUUAACAAUAAAUUAUUGAUUAUAAAAUA